AAAACUCAUUUCCUCAACCUAGUUACUAACUGCAUAUUAAUAUUUUUACACUGUGUUUGAGUCAAGGGAUCAAUGAUUAUGCAAAUUAAAAAAAAAAUAACUUAGAAAACUGUGUCAAUGGAUUAGAAGUGUCGUGGAAAUUGAUUUAGUCCCAGGAAAAUUUAGUUGUCUUUCUGUGAUCAAGUGAGAUAGUUGAGGAUCAUGAAGCCUUUUGAGUUACCUGCAAUUGCUGAUUUUUUCCGUGGUCGUGAGAUUUUCAUCACCGGUGGAACGGGCUUCCUGGGAAAGGCCAUCAUAGAGAAGAUCCUGUAUUCUUGUCCGGAUGUCAAGAGGAUUUAUUUGCUGCUGAGAUGCAAGAAAAGUGUUUCUGUGUGUGAUCGUCUUGUGAAAUUCAAGAGCAACCAGAUUUUCAAUCGGGUCCGGGAGAGAGAUGAGAGUCUCUUGGAUAAAAUUGAAGCACUGCCUGGAGAUUCGAUGUGUCUGAAGUUGGGAUUGAGUGAGGAAGAUAUUGAGAAGAUGGAAAAUGUCUCGGUGAUAAUUAAUAGCGCUGCAAGUGUUCGUUUUGAUGAACCUCUUGGUCAGGCGGUUUUUAUGAAUACGAGAAGUGCCCGGGAACUUUGUUUGAUUGCUGAGAAGUUGAAGAAUCUCAAGGUUCUUGUGCACAUCUCAACGACUUACUGCAAUACCAAUUAUCCGGUGAUCGAGGAGAAGGUUUAUCCUCCGUUGGCCGAUUGGAGGGAAACCAUCAAAAUGGCUGAGAGUGUCGAUACGGAUAUCUUGGAGAUCAUUGCGAAGAAGUAUAUGGAUUUCCAGCCCAAUACCUAUACUUUCACCAAGCAUUUGGCUGAGCAGAUCAUGAAUGAGUGGUCAGGGAAACUUCCCAUCAUCAUCUUUCGUCCAUCAAUCAUAACUCCUUCGGUUAAGGAACCGUUUGAGGGAUGGGUUGAUAACUUUAACGGAAUUACGGGAAUUUUAGCAGCAGGAGGAUCAGGUCUAGCUCGAGCUCUCUACGGUUCAACAAAGGUCAAAAAUAAUUUUCAGCCUUUGGACGUCUGUGUCCGAUCUCUUCUCGUGGCCACGUGGAAACGUGGAAGAGCAAUCGGUAACGAGAUGGCUGUGUACAAUUGUGCCUGUAGUAAGGAGAGGGAGGUUCAGAUUGGUGAAGUAUUCUCCAACUGCUGCAAAAUUUGUGUAGAUGUCCCAUUGGAUGAGAUGAUAUGGCUACCAAAUGCUACAUUGACAACAUGCUUCUAUUUUUACAAGAUCAUUCUAUUCCUUUUUCAAGUCUUUCCAGGAAUGAUCUUUGAUCUUGUCCUGAAGAUGAUUAAAAAGAAACCCAUUGCCCUGUUCAUCAUGAGAAAAUUCCAUUUCGCGUCAUCUUCAUUGUCCUAUUUUAUGUUUAGGGAUUGGUUGUUUGUCAAUGACAACUGCUUCAAUCUGAUGAAUGACAUCAAGAAUGAAGAUAUGGAAGCAUUUGGAUUUGAUUUCUAUGAGAGCAUUGGAAUAAUGGAGUACAUGUAUCAAUCGUCUUUGGGUGGAAGGCGAUAUCUGAUGAAUCAACCAGAUGAGAAUCUACCGCGAGCUAGAAGAAAUUAUCGGAUCUUUUGGUUGCUCGAUCGAGGAGUGAAAUUGAUCUCUUGGACCAGUUUGAUUUACUUCCUGAUCACACGAUUCGAUCUUCUCAAUUUUUCCAAGGAUAACAUUCUACUACAGCAAUCUCUCAACUUCCUCAACAUUUCUUCCAGUUUAUAAACAAGGAACUGAACGUUAACUAACUCUAAAGAUUUAUGUAUAAUCUUUAAAUAUUCUAUUAAGUUUGCUAAUAAAUAAAAUAGUUGAUAAUAAAACUCA